AUGUCAAACCCAUUUUCGCAUUCGUCAGCAGCAUCAAUAGAGGUGCUGCCUCCAGAAAUCUUACUUCCCAUCGUCACAAGCCUCCCUGGUCUCGACACGCUUUGGGAUUUGCUGAGAGCAUCUCCCAACGUCUGGCGUCUCUUCGACGAGAAUGCCCUUUCUAUUGUCGAAAACAUCCUAUCUGGUCCCAACGCGAUACUACCGCCUGCAGUUACAGAAGUUGUACGCUCUGUUAUACUUGCGCGCUCAAAGGCUCUCCCUUUUCGAAACCUAGACGAGUUCCAGCGCCAAUUCUUAUUCAGGCUAUUUCCCUGUUUUCCAUCGCGCGGUCAAAGCAAGGAUAACUUGAUCAAUAUCGAACCUGACCUUUUGUCAGCUGCAGUGCCAUCUGCGUCGGUUCUUCGAUCCACAGUUGCGACAGCUUAUCAGAUAUCAACCCUUUCGCAAGCAUGCUUGUCAUCUUAUCUUGAAAGACUGAGAGACCCCAACUUCAGGCCGAUGCACUGCCUCGACCCCAAUCUCACCUAUAUUUAUCCUUAUGGGUCUGAGAGUAAACGGGCCCCAGCGUGGGAUCGUGUUUUCGACAAUAUCACACCUGCCAAGGUGGUAGAUGCUGGACAGCCAAACUGGGUAGAGGAGAUGCGUGCUGUCCGCGCUCUAUGGAUCAUUCAGCUUGUAGGGGAACUGCAAUGUCAGAGUGAUACUCUGGGCUGGUCAGACGAGGAUGUAAACAAGUUAAAUGCUAUGAAACCGGCUGAUAUGAUCGAUCAAAACCAUGUUCCUGAAUCUCUUCGAAAGUCUGAGGAGGUCAAGUCUCUAAUGCACUACAUUGAUACCAUUGGGGAGGUUAAGCAAGAUACGUACUACAAGCUUCCCUCGCCGCCGCCAUAUAAGAGAUGGAUCACGGCGUCGCCUAAUCGAAACGAGCGCUUCGACAGGGUUUUCCGGUAUAGACGGGAUGGAACACCAGUCACGUUUCGUUAUCCAACCGACGACAACUUCUGGGGGCGGACUGAACAGGCCCUGAGACAAGAAGCUCCCGCAAUGAUGUUCUACAGACAAAUCAACAAACCCUGGUCUCCCAGAGUUGGUACAUCACCAAUAGAAGGAGUAAAGUUCGACUCGUUCCGCCGGCUCGGUUUCGAUUUCUGGGAUAUGUGGAGGAUGCAUCUUUUGGGCAUGCAUCGAGGCUUGGGUGACAACAAGGCGCCUUCGGAUUGCUUUUAUGUGUUUGCUUGGGAAAGUAUCUUACCUAGUGAUGAAGUUGCAAGUCUGAAGGUUGAGUUGCGAAAGCGACGUAUCGAUUGA